AUGUAAAGUGUUUUUUAGUUAAAAUGGUUAAAACAUCCUGUUUGCUAAAACUGAAUCACAUACAGGAACAUAUAUGGUAUCAAACGUAGAUGUUUUCAUAGUGUAUAAUCAUCUUUCUUACUGUUCAUGAGGAUAUUGAGUUUUGUGUUAGUAGCAGUAGAGGAAAAAAAAUUAGUGCAUAUAUUGGGUUUUGUGAGUAUUAAAAACCCUAACGACACAUCAUGGAUGGAACAUGCAUAUCAACCGCACCGUGUCCUCCGCCUUUCGUCAACGUCUAUGUCUUUUACGUACAUGCUGUGAGUCGAAACCUUUCGAUACAGAUAAUUCACGAUAUUGCGGAGCAGUGCGGAGUCCCGCCAUUAAACUGCAGUGAUAUACAGAUGGAUCAGGAGCCUAUACCAAGUGAGUUAAAUGAAUGGAUGUGUAAGCCCCAAGAACCACCUCGAACACCAACUGAUAGAAUGCUCUAUUUUGUGUACGUCCUGGUCGCCAUUGGCUGCUUCAUAUAUUGGAGGAACAUUAGGAAGGGGAUGGGUUUAAUAAUGCUUUUCUGUAUUUUGCGGAAGGUGUAUAGCUGGUUUUGCAAACAAAGAAAAAAAGAUGCUGACAAAACCUCGAUUUCUGUUGAAAAAGAAUGUAUUGCAAUAGUUAUUUCUUCAAUAGAUAUUUCAAUCCAAAGAAGGAACGAUGUGAUGCAUAUUGGAGGAAACGGUGUUUUGGACGAAGGCCAAGUAUCUAUCGUUCAAGAAAAUUUAAUUGUAAAGGAAACUGAAGUAACUGAAACAGGCUCCAAUAAAAUUGGAACAACCAAAAGUGCUUCAUAUCAGGCUCACACAGUUGUACCAGAAACCAGACCAAGCGAGAAAUCUAGCCAAAGUCAAACGUUGGUUGAAAGAAACUUGUUUUUCUCAGCAAAAGAAACAAGUGGUGUUCUUAUCAAACACCAAGCGUGUGUCGAACGAAUACUUAUUGACAAGGAAACUACAACGUCUGUCGAAAGAGUAACAGUUGAAACAACAGCGUCUGUCGAAAGGGUACCCGUUUACAGAGAAACUACAGCAAGUGAUGUAUGCAGUAAACUUAAAUUGUCUGACAAGAAAACUGUACUGUGAUAAAGCGAUAUGUUUAUCCAAUCUGUCGAAAAAAGAAAUACAUGUUAAAGAAUCUGUAUCUAUACUCUGCGACAAGAUCAUACCGAUAUUUUUGUCGAAUAAAAUUUGUGAAUGAAGUAAAAUUACAACUAUUUAACAAGAAUUAAUAACUGGCAAUAACUCAGUCAUACUGGCAGUCAUACAUGUCCAUGGAUAAAGCACAUGUGUCGACUAUUCAUCAGAUCAUGUAGACAGUAUGAAUGGACAGGAUGUUAGAUAUGAUAAAUUUGAAACAUGAUGAUUUAAACACGCAAAAUGCGACUCUUGGUGCAAUUCUUCUCUAAGUUGGUGAAUAGGUAGCAAGUGCAUUGCAAGCGAAUACAAAACGCUCAGGUGAAAUGCAUACAACCUUACAAAUAGUUUUGAUUUGUAUUAUGUAAAUAUAGUUUCUGUCAACAUGUAUAUCAAGUUUCACCUUGACCUUGGACAGUUUUUGAGUUAUGACAAAAGUCGGUUUUAAACAACUUAUGUUUUCCAUUCAUAUAAUUGUUUUCAUUUUAAUAAAAUAACGUAUUUUUA